AUGAUGUUUUAUUUCUUUUUACUCGCAUCAAUUUGGCACGGUUACUCUUUGCCCCCAUUCCAGAACGGUAUCAGUAUCCCUGUAUUCAAAAAGAGCUCUUCCACUGAACUCAACAGCCAUAAAAACGUAUAAACUACAUAGAACCAAUAUUCCGUCGAAAUAAAUAUUGGAAGUCCUGUUCAAACCUUUAGUGUCCUUUUGGAUACAGCUGAAUCCGUAAUUUUUAUUCAGUGACUUUGGGUUGUUUCUGACGACUGCCAAAAUUGCCAGCCAAUAUCAAGAUCAUUUUCGCCAUCAAAAUCAAACACUUAUACAAGCACAGCUCUAUCAACAAUUAUUAAUGUAAACUUUAACUUAGGUUCUGAACUCAACAGCAGGCGGCACAAUUGGGACUGACUGGGUAUGGAUUUGGGAAUCCCUUGACGUUGAACAAUUCUUUGUUCUUAUCAAUGAAAAUUUCAUAGACAUAGAAACUUUCUUCGCAGACGGAGUUUUAGGCCUUGGCUUCAGCCAACUGAGCAGCGGCUAUUCUAAUUUUAUAGAGACCUUGAAAAUUAAGGGCGCUAUUGAUCGUGCAAUGUUUUCAUUGUAUUUAAGCUCAAAAGGAGAUGAUGUGGAAGAUGCAAUUCAUUCGAAUUUGAUACUAGGAGGAUACGAUUUAGAGAAAUAUUCUUGGGAGACUCAGCUUACUUAUAAAAUUAUGCAUAAAUGAUCAUUAUUUUUAAAUAUUUAAAAUUAAAACUUAUUUAAUUUAUAAUGAAAUAUUUAAAUGUUUCAAAUACCUCUGGGUACUGGGAAGUCCCAUUAACAGCUGUCCAUCUUGAUGCGGGACUUGACAUCGAAGCCAAAAGUGUAACGUUUGAUAUCGGGACUUCUAUGAUUUUAGCAUCAUUUCUGGACCAUUCCACAAUAAGAGAUGCGUUUCGGUUCUACCCUGGCUGUGCAGAAGAUGCGGACAAUUACAUUUAUUGUGAUUGCCCUUUUCAAAAUUUCACGAAGAGUUACCCAGAUCUUACCUUUUUCUUAGGCGCUGCAGGCAUAGAGUUUAGGGUUUCUCCUUAUCAUUAUUUCUAUUGGAAUGAGACAACCGAGCUUUGUUUACUUUUAAUUGGAGAAAAUACAGGAGAAAAUUGGGUAUUGGGAGACGUGUUUUUGAGAGAAUAUUAUUCAGUGUGAAAUAUGGAUGAUUCCACUAUUGGACUAGCUCGUGCUAAACUUGAUAAUGUCCCUAACUACUCCAUCCUUGAUUGAACGAUUUUUUUGAAAAAAUUCCAAAAUUAAUAAUACUUGAUAGAAAGAUUCGAAUAUUAGAGAGAAUGAAGUAACUUCCUGCCUCAGAUCUAAGUACCUAUCUUUGAUAAUAAUGAAUUUUGUUGCAAAAUUCUAAAGCAAUUUCUAGCACGUUUGCUAAUAUAUUUAAUAUUCUAUCUCUUAAUAUUAGAGAAUAAAAUAAUUUAUGUAUCCUUGUACUCACCAUAAACAGCAAGAAAAACUGCCAAUGGAGAAAUCUGCUUGGAGACAAUGGCACUUGGUUCAACAAAAUACCCAUUUUCAGAACCAAAAGGCUAUCCAAGCCGAUUCCUCUCAUCAGCAAGUCUAUUUAUGGUUGAGGCUAAGGCUGCAUAAAUAAGAUAAAAAUUAAUAUAAAAAAUUUAAGUUUAAUUUCUGUAUUAUUGAUAUUUAGCAUCCAACUUAAUUUUAAAAUAAAUAGGACUUGAAAAAAUAUAAAUGAAAACUGCAAAUCUCUGUUGAGAUUCCUAUAAGACAGCUGCUCUAACCAUUUUUUUCUGUCUGUGUUUCUGGGUAAUAACGAUCUAUGAUGGUGCAUAAAUUAUCCUGCAGGUCGUUCAAUCGAACUGAAGGGAGUAAAGAAAAAAGUUCUGGUGAAGGAAUGAGCUUGACAUCAAUCAUUAUGAUUGCAUCAGGAGCUGCAAUUUUAGGCAUAAUUGUAGCUGCAGUGCUUUAUAAAGUGACGAAAAAUCAAUUAAGAAAGAAAAAGAUGCCAUUGCUAUCGGUAAGUGUUCACUCUUCAGAGGUACUUCAUUAUAAUGAUCAAUCCUCUUCAAAUCCAAGCUUAGUAGAAAGUGUGAAUGAGUUUUCAUCGGAUUCAAUAUUAAAUGAACCUUUGGUUGAGAUAAAGCCUGACUUUAUAGUAGUCCCAGCAAAUUUAUCACAAUAUGCUAAGAACUAA